AUGACGGGCAAUGCCGGGGAGUGGUGCCUCAUGGAGAGCGACCCCGGGGUCUUCACCGAGCUUAUUAAAGGAUUUGGUUGCCGAGGCGCCCAAGUAGAAGAAAUAUGGAGUUUAGAGCCUGAGAAUUUUGAAAAGUUAAAGCCAGUUCAUGGGUUGAUUUUUCUUUUCAAGUGGCAACCAGGAGAAGAACCAGCAGGCUCUGUGGUUCAGGACUCCAGACUGGACACAAUCUUUUUUGCCAAGCAGGUAAUUAAUAAUGCUUGUGCUACUCAAGCCAUAGUAAGUGUGUUAUUGAACUGUACCCAUCAAGAUGUCCAUUUAGGAGAGACAUUAUCAGAGUUUAAAGAAUUUUCACAAAGUUUUGAUGCAGCUAUGAAAGGUUUGGCGCUGAGUAAUUCAGAUGUGAUCCGACAAGUGCACAACAGUUUUGCCAGACAGCAGAUGUUUGAAUUUGAUGCUAAGACAGCAGCAAAAGAAGAAGAUGCUUUUCACUUUGUCAGUUAUGUUCCUGUUAAUGGAAGGCUGUAUGAAUUAGAUGGAUUAAGAGAAGGACCGAUUGACUUAGGUGCAUGCAAUCAAGAUGAUUGGAUCAGCGCAGUGAGGCCAGUCAUAGAAAAAAGGAUACAGAAGUACAGUGAAGGUGAAAUUCGAUUUAACUUAAUGGCCAUUGUGUCUGACAGAAAAAUGAUCUAUGAACAGAAGAUAGCAGAGUUACAAAGACAACUUGCUGAGGAGGAACCCAUGGAUACAGAUCAGGGCAGUAAUAUGUUAAGUGCUAUUCAGUCAGAGGUUGCCAAAAAUCAAAUGCUUAUUGAAGAGGAAGUACAGAAAUUAAAAAGAUAUAAGAUUGAAAAUAUCAGAAGGAAGCACAAUUACCUGCCAUUCAUUAUGGAAUUGUUAAAGACUUUAGCAGAACACCAGCAGUUAAUACCACUAGUAGAAAAGGCAAAAGAAAAGCAGAAUGCAAAGAAAGCACAGGAAACCAAAUGA